GACAAAAUACGAAUGUCAGAUCAGCAGCAGCAGCAGAGCUCCGUUCGCACAAAAGCAAACGAACUCCGAGUUUGAAGAAAAAAGACAUCAUCAUCAUCACACACAAGCUGCUGCCGAAUUUGGCUUUUGAUGUGAAAUUCUCCGGGAAAACGGUUCCCCAUCCCAGUGCUAGUGCAGUGCAUAGUUUCCGGCAGUUCCAUCCGCAGCUGAUAGCACCAGUGGAAGAAGAGGAAAAAGUGCCACUGUCCCGGAAAUUCUCGAAAAGGAGUCCGCGACUUUGGUCGUCUAGGCACGAAAGAAAAACAGUGCAAAGAAGGAAGCCAUCAUAGUUUCAGUUCGCUCUGGAAACUGGGUGUCGAACGAAAGUGUUUACGAAGAUUAGAAAUCCGCCAUCGACGCAGGGACGACGACGCGAGCAAAGGAAACGGUUUUUGCUUCCCGAGACGAGAAUUGCUCCUUGUUGCUAACGAAUAUUGUUGCUGGCGGAGGGACGAAGACAACCACCCAACAUGGCGCAGAACAUCAAUCCGGAACGGUCUGCGGCGUCCAAUCCGUCGAAGCAGAGUGACGAAGCGCUGAUCAAUAAUAACAACCAUGCCGUUAGCAAAAGACUCCAAAAAGAGCUGAUGGCACUGAUGAUGUCGGCAGAUAAGUCCAUUUCGGCCUUCCCCGAGGGCGAGAACUUCUUCAAAUGGAUCGGCACCAUCUGCGGUCCGGAGGGUACAGUCUACAAGGGUCAGAAGUACAAGCUCCUGUUGGAAUUCCCGAACUCGUAUCCGUACUCGUCGCCAAACGUGAAAUUCUUAACGCCUUGCUUCCACCCGAACGUGGAUCUCAGCGGGUCCAUCUGCUUGGACAUCCUGAAGGAAAAGUGGUCGGCCCUGUACGACGUACGGACGAUCCUGCUGUCGAUCCAGUCGCUGCUCGGAGAACCGAACACCGACAGCCCGCUGAAUUCGCAAGCCUCGCAGAUGUGGCCCAACCAGGAGGAGUACAAAAAGUUCCUGGACGAUUUCUACGAAAAGCAUAAAGAGGCUUAAGGCGGGAACGGCGGCGACGAGAGGACUGGAAUGAACGCGAUACUGAUGAUGAUGAUGUUCGAGCGUGAGAGCGAGCGAGAGAGCGAAAGAUUCACACACACACAUACAAAAUAAGGUAAAAUUUAACAAAAUAUGAAAAAAAAAUCGCGAAGGUGAACGGACACCACAAUCUGAACAAGAGUAGACAAAGAAGGCAAUUUGGGACAAACCGGAAAGAGUAGGAAUGCGGACGCAUUGAAAGUUUCUUCAUUUUGUCGCUAGUAGGUAAUUGAUGGGAGACGACCCCGCCCAUGGCAGAUGAAGGAUACGGAGAGGUAUCUAUGUAGUUGCUUGUGACCAGUUUUGGAUAAUUUUAAACUUUGAUGCAUAUUUAUUAUGAACAACAUAUUGAUUAAACAUGGUUUUACUUGUACGAAUAUCUCCCAUUGCUGCACUGUUGUAUGUGAUUUUCUAGGAAAUCUUCAGAAACCCCAUAGCUAUUGGCACCUGACGAAUGUUGCCUAAACACCUUGAUAACCACGAAACCGAAAAUAUCUAAGCGAGCACAUUUAGGACUGAUUCAGUUUCGCAGCUCUAUGCAUAAUACCAACUCUGCACAAAAUUCCUCAUCAAUGCUAAUAUCUGAUUUGGUGGGCAGUGGUUGGCAAACAAUUUUUCAACUUUAUCAAUAUCAUAAGUUUUUUUAUGCAAUUCAGUAUCAUAAUUUAAAUUUUAUCUAACUCAUUUUGGUAUAAUAAAGGGCGAACACGAUGAAAUUGCCACACAGAAAACAUUGUAUAACUUUUGAUUGCGUUCGUCAAAAUAGGGUAGAAGCUUCAGUUUUGGCUAGUCCGGAGUUUUGGCCAUAGUGCGGUAUUGAGCCUGUUGUGAACCGGCGUAAAUUUAAUUUUUACUAGUAGAUCCUAAUACAAUAUGAUGAUUACAGCUAUGAAAACCACACAGUUUGAUUAAAAACUGGAAGAAUAAAAUAUAUUUCCUUAAAAAAUCUGCUCCCAUAUAUCUAUCUUGGCCAGGGUGCUUCUAAUUUGGCCACUCCCAUAAGAUAUACACGUGAUUGGCCAAAAUAGAAACUUAAGAAUAUGGCCAAAACUGCGGCAGAGCUUCUAUUUUGGCCAGUGUCAUUUUUAAUACAAUAAUCAAGUAUUGGCUUGAUUUAUGCAUUUUUCCUUCAAAAUAUAGAUUGAAACCUUUUAUUUGACGCAUUGGUUGUUUUCAUAGGAUUAUUGGUUAUUUUUAUAAAAAUGAUUUCCCUUAGACUGGCCAAAACCGGUGCCCGCACCCUAGCUAAUUUUUUGACCAUGAAUAGUAUAUUAUGUGUAGCUAAUACCAUAAAAUUUUCAUUAAAAUCGGUUGAGUAUUGGCGCAUAUAUUGUCGAUAUCAUAAAAUGAGAUUUUAGAAAAUUUGUGCACCCAUUUCAAAAAAUUACUUAGGCUAUAACUUUUUUGUUACCUCAUCAAAACGUUUGAAAAUUUCACUCGAUAUUCUUAACAUAGUAUCAAUUAAGUGGUAAAAAUUUGAUCGAAAUCGGUUCAGUACUUUUUCUAGUAAAUAUCCAAAGCUCAAAUCGCUUCAAGGUAAAUUUUAGGUACUUUAUGACCAUUUUUAGUUCCGCGUGCACUAUUUUGACUGUAGAACUGGUAACACUGUCCCGAUUUUUAUAAAACUUUGACAGUGUAAAAUUUGUGUGUUAAACUUUUUACAGUGAAAAUUUCAACGGCAAAAAAGUGAUAUUUUCCAAAAUGCUUGUUUGCACAAGAUUCUCAAGUGGCAAUUUCCUUGUUUCAACGAAAUCUCCGCCAAUACUCAACCAAUUUUAAUGAAAAUUUUAUGGUAUUAGCUACACAUAAUAUACUAUUCAUGGUAAAAAAAAUAGCUAUUUUGGCGAACGCAAUCAAAAAUUAUACAAUAUUUUCUGUGUGGCAAUUUCACCGUGUUCGCCCUUUAAUGGCCAAUUUUUUAGAACUGAUUCAUUAUGCAACUGAAAUGAGUUGCAUAAUGAAAAAUGUUUGUAUAAUGUUCAUAAUGCAACUCAUUUGAGUUGCAUUAUGAUUAUUAUGCAACUCAAAUGGGGUUGCAUUAUGAGAAAAUCAUUGCAUAAAAUUUUGUAUGGAACUUGUUGCAAAACUGAAUUUUUUCAGCACUCUUCGUAUUUAUCCAACUCGGCAAGCCUCGUUGGAUAAAUGUACGACUCGUGCUGAAAAAAUCCUCUUUUUGCAACUCAUUACAUAAAUAACUAUAGGAUGUUUAUAAAGUUCCGAUAAAGACGCUAGGAUCUGCUCAAAACUCUUGAAGGAGAUAUGCUAGAAAUUCAGUCAGUAGUUUCUCUCAAAACACAGCAUGGGAAAUUACUUUACAAAUUUAUGUAGUUUGAAAGAAGCAAUCUGUUCAUGUUCGUUAAACAAAAACAAAGUCAACAUUAUGAAAGGAUGACGAUAAUGGGCCAAAAGUUAUCGAUCUCCAGUAAAUGGCAUACAAUCACAGCUUCCUUUACUAUUCAAGAUCUGUUCUCUUUCCUGUGAAACUAAUUUAUUCCAUUGGAAACUAAGUAGGUUUCUCAUCGUUCUAAUAUUUAACAUUCAUCCUAAUAGUGUACAGACGAAUUUCGAGAUAGGACUGAGAUAGCUGAAGUAUUUUUUUUUCUGCGCCAUCCACUGAGUUGUACGAUAUUUCCAGGACAGGAAAGGUGGGAAUGAAAAUCAAACCAUUAACAAAAAGGGAUCUAUUUUAGAAUACGAAUCGAGAAAAGCGACUUCAGGCGUAUCGAGGGAUCAGAAUCUAUUUCUGCAAUAGAUUGCCUUUUGUUUGACAUAGCAGUUGAUUCGUGGAUAACCGAUAUAGUGAACAUUGAAUAAAUUUCUCUCAAAUCCAACUGAUUUUUAGUUCGUGGAUUUCAUCCAUUGAUGUGUUAGUUUCCAAGACCUAAUUAGAACGCGGUGAACCAAUAGACAAAUGAAAGUAUGAUACAUUAGAAUAAAUAAAAAAAAGCACGGCACGCUGCACACGUAACUUGUAGACGAAACGUAGGAAGAGCUUUCAACGACGACUACUACAGAACAGGAGAAGGAUUGUCAUCAUUCGAGGAAGAAUACCGAGUAGAAGUAAAAGCAGCAAUCAGCAAAACUGCACUAUGUUUUACGUUUCAAAAUCUCUUAGUUAUCCACCCCUCUUUCCGUAAAUCCUUUAUUUAAGCUCUUUACAUUGAUUCGUAUUUGUCCACGUAAUAAAUAAAUUACAAUUAUUCCAAUGAAAAAAA